GCCAUAUUGGAAUGAGGCUGAACGAAAAAGCAGACGGAGGCUGCAUCUGAAAUCGACGUGGAAAAACUCAGUACAGAGUAGUGGGCACGUUUUGGCCUGGUGCAGUACCGAGUGACCAUCAGCGGACGCCACCAUGAACCAUGAGCUGCUGGAUUCUGACGCAGGCUCUGGGCAGGACGAAUCCGAGUUCAACUGGGACGAGUAUCUGGAGGAGGAAGGGGCGACGGCUGUACCCCACCACGCCUUCAAACACGUUGACCUGAGCUUGCACACGGGCCUCACUCCAGGCAUGAAGCUGGAGGUGUGUGUAAAGGGUGAGCCCGAGGGCUUCUGGGUAGCCACUAUCAUCACCACCUGCGGGCAGCUGCUGCUGCUGCGUUAUGAGGGUUACCACGACGACCGCCGGGCAGACUUCUGGUGUGACAUCAUGACCGCCGACCUGCAUCCCAUUGGCUGGAGCAGACAGCACGGACGAGAAAUGAGACCUCCCGAGGGUGUACGUGAGAAGCAUGAGAACGUGGAUGCCCUUCUGGAGAAGUCUCUGUCAGAGGGCUGUAGUGCGCCUGCCAAUCUGCUGGAGGGGCCACACAGGGGCAGGAACCCCCUGGACCUGCUAGCCCCAGGUUUGAGUGUGGAGCUGCAGGACCGGGAGGAUGCUGGAACGGCAUGGGCGGCCCAGAUCCAGGAGAAUGUCGGGGGACGACUGCGUCUCCGCUAUGCUGGCACAGAGGGGUUGCCACAGAAGCAGGCCAGUCUUUGGCUAUUCUACCUGCACCCCUACCUGCACCCCCCUGGCUGGGCCAAGGAGCAUGGAUGCACACUAUCUCCCCCUGUUGGACUCCGUGGUCUGCGCAGCGAGGCCCAGUGGGAUGAGGUUCGACAGAGGACCAUCAGUCAAACCGAGGACAGCGACAUCACUGGGGAGCUCUUCAAGGACCAGCAGACCGUCUGUGCUCACUCCUUCACUGAGGGCAUGAAGCUGGAGGCUGUGGAUCCCAUCUCCCCUUUCUGCAUCAGACCUGCCACUGUCACCAAGGUGUUCAGUGACCAGUACUUCCUGGUAACGAUGGACGAUCUCCGGACAGAAGCUGGGGCCACAGGGGCCCGGGGCCCCUCGUUCCUGUGUCACAGGGACAGCAUCGGGAUCUUCCCUGUGCAGUGGAGCCUGAAGAGUGGCCUGCAGCUCGGCCCCCCGCCAGGAUACCAGGGGCAGGACUUUGACUGGGCAGAUUACCUGAAACAGUGUGGGGCAGAGGCUGCACCUGAACACUGCUUCCCCACUGAGCAGUGUGAUCAUGAUUUUAGGGUGUCAAUGAAGCUGGAGGCAGUAAACCCACUCUCCCCCGAACAUAUCCACGUGGCAACUGUCACCGGGGUCAGAGGUCAACACCUCUGGCUUCGGCUGGAAGAGUUGAAGCAGUCAGUUCCAGAGCUAAUUACCCAUGUGGACUCCAUGGAUAUAUUUCCUGUCAGCUGGUGUGAGACCAAUGGCUACUCCCUCCGACACCCCCGUAAGCCUCCAGUUCAGAAGGAGAGGAAGGUAGCAGUGGUCCAGCCAGCUAAGCACAGGACUCUGCCUAGAGCUUCACUUCCUGAUGCCCUGAAACAGCAGGUGAACAGCCAGUCAGAGAACGCCGGUUCUGUGCUUUGGGCUUGUGGCACGACAGGAACAGGGAAUGGAAAGUACACCUGCCCCAAGAUCUACUUCAACCACCGCUGCUUCUCCGGGCCGUACCUGAACAAGGGCCGCAUCGCCGAGCUGCCGCAGUGCGUGGGGCCCGGGAACUGCGUCUUAGUGCUGAAGGAGGUGCUGACGCUCCUGAUUAAUUCCGCCUACAAGCCCAGUCGUGUGCUGAGGGAGCUGCAGCUGGACGAGGAGGCGCGCUGGCACGGCCAGGGGGAGGCGCUCAAGGCCAAAUACAAGGGGAAGAGCUACCGGGCCACAGUGGACAUCGUACGCACUGCGGACCAGGUUGCUCAGUUCUGCAAGAGGACCUGUAUCAAGCUGGAGUGCUGCCCAAACCUGUUUGGACCGAGGAUGGUCCUGGAGCAAUGUUCCGAGAACUGCUCUGUUCUAACCAAGACCAAAUACACACAUUACUAUGGUAAAAAGAAGAGCAAACCUGUUGGACGCCCACCGGGCGGUCACACCAAUCUGGAGGGAGGGAUGAAGAGGCCAGGAAGGAGGAGGAAGCGAAGGAAACACUUCUUCGUCCACAAAAAGAAACGCUCCUCAGCCUCGCUCGACAGCACCCCUGCUGGCUCGCCACAGGGCAGCGGUGAGGAUGAGGAAGAUCUGGAUGAGGAAGACUCCUUGAGUGAAGACUCUGGCUCCGAGCUGCAGGAUGAACAGCAGGACGACUCCGAAGUCUCAGAGAGAAAAUCUCAGCCCCCCUCCCCCACAGAGAAGCCCCGCCCCUCCCGCCGUCGCAAAGCCCGCUCCUCCUCCUACUCUGACGACGAGAACCAGCCUCCCUCGCCCAAGAGCCUACGGGGGGAGGUGCCGCAGAAGCUGCACUUUGACAGCAGCCCACUGGAGUGGAGCGUGACCGAUGUGGUGCGCUUCAUCAGGACCACAGACUGCGCUCCCCUGGCUCGCAUUUUCUUUGACCAGGAGAUUGAUGGACAGGCCCUACUCCUCCUGACCCUACCCACAGUGCAAGAGUGCAUGGACCUGAAGCUGGGCCCCGCCAUCAAACUGUGUCACCACAUUGAGAAGGUCAAGCUAGCCUUCUAUCAGCAGUUUGCCAGCUGAGGGCACUAGAGGCAGGAAAUGGAUACGCUGCAUGAAACAUCUCUGCAUAUACUGGAACCCACAAUUGGUGGCACAGAACAAAGAAACCUCUCCUUCAACAGUAGCAGUGCAAUGUUACCUCUUUCUUUCUGUCAUUUUUAAUUGAUUUGUUGAUCUUUCUGGAGAUGGAAACAUUGUAGUUUGACACUGGCGGCUGCCUCUCUGAUUCAGUGAGCAGGCUCUACAGGAAGUGAUGAGGUGUUUGACUUUGAAUAUACUGUCUCUGGAGCUGGUAUACCUUUUGCUUCCAACAAUUUAACCACAUUGGAGGUAUUAUUGGAGAACGAGGCAUUUCCGAUGUUGGGGAUAACUGUGAUAAGAUGCUCCGUAAAGUUUGGGACAAAUAUGUGUUUAUUUUUUAUUGAUUUGUCUGUGUACUUCGCAAUUGUAGAUUUGUAAUCAAAUUAUUAACGUGUGGUUAAAUUGCACAUGCUCAGUUUUUAUUUGAGGGCAUCACUUUAUGUACACCUUGGUUUCACCACGUAAUAAUUUCUGUGCUUUUUAUAUGGAGUCCCCUCAUUUCAGGCUGGCCAUCUUCAGCUCCUGCUUAUUUUGGGGGCUUUUUCUUCAAGUUUUCUCUUCAGUGUAUGAAAUGCAUGUUCAGUCAGGUGAAUUACUUGGCCAGUCAAUCAUUUUUCCAGUUUUUAGCUUUGAAAAAUUAAUUUCAGUUUGUUCUAGCAGCAUGUUUGGAUCUUUAUCUUGAUGCAGGAUGAAGCACUGUCCAAUGAGUUUAGAUGUAUUCAGUUGAACUUAAGAUAAGAUAAGUACACUUCUGAAUUCAUUCUGCUGCUGCUAUCAGCAGUUAAAUAAUCAGUGUUAACAAGUGGCAGCCAUACAUGCCCAAGCCGUAACACACCCGGCAUCAUGUUUCACAGAUGAGGGGGGGAUGCUUAGGAUCCUUUUGGCCUCCACACUUUGCUCUUGCCAUCAAGUGAAUCUUGAUCUCAUCUGUCUGUAAGACAGAUGUAGCCUCUGUUGUUCUGUUCAUGAAGUGUUCUGCGGAUCGUAGUCACUGACACAUCCCUACCUGCCUCCUGAAAUGUGUUGUGAUCUGUCAGAGAGGUGUUGAGGAAUUUUUCUUCAUUAUAUUGUGAAUUUCGCUGUCGUCAAUCAUUGAGGUCUUCCUUGGCCUUCCAGGCCCUUUCCUGUUAGUGAGCUCACCAGUGCUGUCUUUCUUCUCAAUGAUGCUCUGCACAGUUUUUUUUUCUUAUUUGAUUGCAUCAUCAUGGCUUUCUUGACCUUCAUUAGCCCAUUUCUGGUCCUCAAUAACUCCAGUGGCAAUCCAAAAUUUAGAAUCAAGACUGGAUUCUGAAAUCUCUCGUACCUGCAUUAAGGAAGCAAUUGAACUUGCCUGACUAAUCAGGAACACAUGUGAAGCCAUUUCUCCCAAAUGGUAUGGGGAAUAUAUGUCAAAAUUUCUACAUGAUGAAACCAAAAUGUAUACCCUUUAAUGAAAGAUGAGAAUCUGCACUUUAACCACGGGUGAAUUGUUUGAUUACAAAUGUAAAACUGCAGUACAGAUCCACAUGAAAAGAAAGUCUUUGUCCCAAACAUUAUAGAGUUCACUGUACAUACUUUUGUGUAGGUUUUUUUAAAUCAUGUUUAUAGUUGUAUAUUUUAGGCAUCAUUUCAUCAGUAGAGCCAGGUUUUGCAGCAUGAAUGUAUUAAAACAAUUUAUUCCCUAAGCAAUCUGUGCAUAGACCAUACUACUGUGUCUGGCUGGAAAUUCACAGUUUGCUCAUCAGUAAAAUACUACAGCAUAUGGAUCGAAUAUACUCUGUGGCUGUUUAACGCCCUUUCAGUUAUUAUUAGCAUGAGCAGUAAUUACAAACUAUGACUGUGGAGAAACCAAUUUAAGAAUCCCUUCUUGAGUCAGGUAUUUCCUGCUAACCCACAUCUUGCCAAUGUCCUUGUCAAUGUUCGGACACUUUUCAAAUAACUACAGGGCUAUGCAAAAGUCAUGUGACUGCUAUGCAUUGUCUGCUACAAACAUGCAAAUGAUGUGAAAAUAUUUUCUCAUUGUAGAUUUGUUAUUAAAUUAUAAUGCAAUAAUACAGAUUUUUGAGAAGUUGGAGGUGCACAAUAAGUAGGAUCAAGUAAUGCAGAUUAUCUUGGCUGCAGUGAAAAAAAGAAAAACUAUGUGUCCAGUCUGUUCACAGAGCAUCAUCAUUUCUGUUCAGUUCUGUGUUGCUGCCUGUGUGGAAAGUGCACUUCAUCGAUAUUAUUGUGUUUUGUUUUCUGAGAAUUUGCUGCAUCCUCCCCAUGGUAAGGAUGUCCUAUACUGUCUUCUGUUUAUUGAGUGAUGUCCUUGGCAAGGGAAUAGAAGCACUCAUUUUUACUGCAGGGAAGGUACUACAGAUCAUUUCUAUCAUACAUUUCUAUCUUGUGAAAAACAUGGAUUUGAAUUUUAAAAAGAAAAUAGCUGGUUUUGUAGGAUUUAGGCUUUUACAUUCUCGUUUUGGCAUUUGAAAAAAAUCUGACUGACAUCUCCUGUCUCACAAAUGUCCUUUGGCGUUAAGACCAUUAUCACCACCCAGGAAAUUAUCGAGUGUACAUGCAUCAGCAGACUAGAGAUGAGUCCUAGAUUGUGAUGUGAUAAUUUGGGAUGAGUCCAUCAGAAAGGCACUGGGGAAUGGUGAUGAGUUGGUGUGAAAUGGUCAGGCAGAGUCCCAGCUUGGUGUAGUUAUCAUCCAGAUGCAAGAAGUGCAUACAAUCUUAGUAUGCUUAUUUAUCCAUGGUCAAGCUCUUUCACCCUCGUUGGUUUCUGGGUUCUAGUAUUGCUUGGGCUGAUUAAACCAUGUGGUGUGUUUUAUGCUUUUUUAUUUUGUUAGAUUUUCUUUGUUAAUAGAAAACUCAUCUUCCUAUUGAUUUUCUUCUCUGGUUAAAAUAACAGGGAUUGUGAUAUCAGAUGAACAAAUUCAUUGUUUGACGUGUAUGUAAAUAAUAUUGUAAGUACAUUAAUGGAAUAUGAUUGCUAUUUAAAACGUAAAUAGAAAUUAAUUUUAACAAAAUAAAGUUUUUACAGUGAA